AUGUCUCGCGUUCUGGUCACAGCUCUUCCUUUUGCUUCUCGUCUUCACCCCAAGGUCGGCCAUGCUAAGGAUAUCCUGGCUCGUGAUAGGGCUCGCGCCCAGAAGCUCCUGGCCGGUAUUCAGCCUCAUGGCCCUCUUGGCAUCCAAGAGCUGCGCGCAAAGAAGAGUCACCACCACCAUCACCACCACCGCGGCCCGGAAACCUCUGAACCUAGUGACCCGACCGGUAACGACAACUCAAUUGACGUGACAGAUGCUGGUAGGAGCUUGAAGACAUCCCAGAUCUCCAUAGCCGUUACUUACACCACCACCGUGAAGGUUGGUCAGUCGGCGCAGGCCUUCACUCUCCUCAUUGACACGGGAAGCUCGAACACCUGGGUUGGCGCUGACACAGAAUACGCUCCAUCGUCCACCAGCAAGAGCACUCGAAAGACUGUCAAAGUUAGCUAUGGAUCCGGAUCAUUCACUGGAACCGAAUACACUGACCGAGUGGAGCUCGCCGCCGACCUUGUCAUCGACGAACAGUCCAUUGGUGUCGCCUCCUCUGCCUCCGGUUUCAGUGGAGUUGACGGAAUCCUUGGCAUUGGACCGGUAGACCUCACCGAGGGCACUGUCAGUGGCUCGGGAACCAUUCCUACUGUUACCGAUAAUCUUAAGAGCGAGGGCAAGAUCGACAAGGAGUCGAUUGGUAUUUCGUACGUACCUACGACGGGUACGGACAUGGCGAAUGGAGAAUUGACCUUUGGUACUGAGGACUCCUCCAAGUACACGGGAGAAAUUACCUAUGUUCCCAUCACUUCUACGUCUCCAGCUAACAAGUACUGGGGUAUCGACCAGUCGCUUACAUAUGGGAGCACCACCAUCAUGUCGACUUCCGCGGGUAUCGUUGAUACCGGUACUACCCUACUUCUUUUGUCCAGCGGUGCUUUCGAGAAGUACACGAAGGCUACGGGAGCCAAGAUGGACGAGACUACCGGACUUCUUUCUGUCACCGAGGCGCAAUUCAAGAAGAUGAAGAACCUCUCCUUCAAUAUUGGCUCGACUACUUUCGACAUGACACCCAAUGCCCAGAUCUGGCCUAGGAGCUUGAACACCAUGAUGGGUGGCACGGCCGACGGAAUUUAUCUUGUCGUAGCUGACAUGGGCAGCAUGGAUGGAUCAGGCCUUGACUUCAUUGAUGGAUUCGCCUUCCUCCAGAGGUUCUACAGUGUCUACGACACGACUAACAGCCAAGUCGGAAUCGCUGUUACCCCACACACCAAUGACACUACCAAUUAAUGACCUAGCGAGUCUUAGGUCAUUCGCUACGCAUUCGAGGACAUUGUAAUCUUUCUUAGAACAUUUGGGAUUGUAUAAUAAGUGGUUCAAUGAUGCAAGAGGCUGUUUUGAAUAUGCCGCGACUCUUUGAAUCAUGCAAAGAUGUGGAAAGUGUCUAACAGCUUCUUCCAAAUAUACCGACCUAUUCGGAGACUUCCCCAUUGUCAGAGUUCAAAGUCGACUCUCGAGUCCAUAGAUAACUUAAAAAGGUGAUAUGGAGUAUGAAU